AUGUACAAAAUGUUAAAAAUCGGCCGUUUAAACGGACCAGCCGAACACUUCACCAAACCACAGAUUGUUGGUCAUUAUAGUAUUAACGAUGCAAGAGAAUAUUGUAAUGAUUUAUCACAACUGAAGUAUUACAAAAAACCGUUGAAUCCUGAUAAUGUUAAUUUUAAUCUUGAUGAUAAUGAAGAUACGAUAGUUACACCAGAAGACGAAAAUACUAAGUUAGAUGAUUUAUUACGAUGGAUGUCGGAAAAUUUCGAUCAACUUAAAAGACAAAAUUUCGACAAUGAAAAUGAUCGGUGGUUGGAACCAGAAAUUGUUUGUUGUCGCGGUUUGUUAAAAGCUGUGAUGGCUACACCAUACAAGAAAAAAGAUGGGUGGAUUAUAUGUGCUUCAAAAUUUAAAGGGACAAUAUAUUUAUGCGCCUUUGAUACCAUUGAAAAAAAGCAGUAUAAGUUAAGACUAUCUGGUUUUCAGAAAAAAUGUACAUUAUGGGGACGCAAAUUUGAACACUAUAUGUUAUCAGAUACACCUUCCACAAAUCCAGAUUUAUCUGUUCCUUUUAAUCAAAAUGAAAUAUUUUGUUGUGUAUUCAAGUCCAAGCUUAGGGAAACAGUUUUACUUUAUGCGGGUGAAAUAGAUGGUAUUCGUUCCCAACAGCAAAUACAAGACACAUUAGUAGGAAAAGAUGUUGAAUUAAUAGAAUUAAAAACUGUAAGUUUUAAAGCUUUUAACAGCUAUGGUUGCAUCAAAGCAUAUAAGACUCUAGGAUGGUGGUGUCAGAGCUACUUAGCGGACAUACAAAACAUUGUAUGUGGUCUUAGAAAUGAUAAAUGGUAUUGUUACCAAGAUAAAGGAAUAUAAGCUCAAGCAAUUAGUAUCUGAAGGAAAAUUUUCAUGGAAUGAUGGAGUAUGCAGAAAUUUUUGAGAUAAGUUUCUACAGCAAGUAAAAACGAUUGUUACUAAGGACUGCAAAGAAUGUCUCUAUAAAUUUACAUAUGAACCAGGAAGUGACAGCAUUAUAGUUGACGAAAUAAAACCUAAUCCUAACUUGGAAUACACAUUUUUAUAUUCGUGGUAUAUUGCUAAAGCGAAACAACAUUUCGAAAAACGUUAAGAUACUUUUCCAUUAUUUAUAUUCAAUGUAACUGUAAACAUAAAAACUGUAAAUGUAUGAAUAAUUUUAAUGUAUAUGUUAGAAGCAAAAUCACGAGAAUUCAGGAAAUAAAUAUAAAGAUGCAUAUGUA